CAGAAAGCUGACAGCACAGAAGGCAUCACAGUCUGACUCAUGAAUGGAAAUCAACUGACUCACUUUCAAUAAACUAAGUCACUUUUUUUCAUCAUUGUUUAUUUGAUCCAAUGAACCCAGGGAAAUCACUGUAACUCCCCACCUGUGUUCUCCUCCAGCGUCAAACGAACUUCAACUUACGAAACCCAGGCACAUGGUGAUGUAUAGCCGAAUUCUUCAUCUGAAGGUCAAUGGGUCAUCCAAAGCUGUGCUGCCACACUCUGACUGUGACCAGGCCAUGAAGGAUGGAUUCUCUGAGAAAGAAAAUGAGUUCCGGGGCGAGCUGGUGAACCAGCGGUGGACACGAGGCGAGAGGACCAGCAGCCGCUGCCAGGCCUCCCAGAGACUGCAGAGCCGUCGACCAAUCAUGAUGAGUGUAGAAGGGGACGACAAGCGAACCCGCACUCGGUCCAAAGGAAUCAGAGUUCCUAUCGAGCUUGUAGGACAAGAGCUGAGCUGCCCCACCCCUGGAUGCAAUGGCACUGGCCAUAUCAGUGGGAGAUACUCACGGCACAGAAGCAUUCUGGGAUGUCCCAUAGCCAGGAAGCGACGUUUAGAGGAGGCCGAGCAGGAGCAGGACACAGAGCUGCCCCCCCCCAAGAGGAGGUCCAACCCCUUGAAACUGGCCCUGGACGAGGGCUUCAGCGCAGAGAGCGACGGCAGCAGCGAGGGGGAGGGAGAGAAGGAUGGAGAGAAAGCAGCAGAGUCCAAGGAGGUGGAGGUGGAGGAAGAGGAGGAGACAGCUGUAGAAGAGGAGGGAGAGAAAGAGGACUUGAAGCAGAAUGGACAGACAAAUGGACAGGAGGAAGAACAGACACAGAUGGAGCAGGAAGAGCAGAGGGAAGAAGAGAAGGAGGAGGACACACCUGCCGCUGUUGAAGAGUGCGUGAUUGUCGAGACUGAUCCCGGAGCAGCGCCACCUGCAGCCGAGGAGGUUCAGUCUCCCUCUCAGAGAGCAGAGGAGGUGGCCAACUCGCUCCUCCACCUCGGCCAAAUUUCCCCCAACAAUGAACCCACCGUGGCCAUUCAGCAGCCUGUUGCCGUGGAGACUGAGGAGGAUGUCGCCGUGGCAGCAGAGCGGGGUGAAGAAGUAAAAGAUCAGCAUGAAGAGGACAUGAAUGAAGGCGAAGAGGAGGAGGCGCAUACGGUUCAAGUAUUGGAGGAGUCAUCUGUUGUGCAGAAGGAGGCAGCUGAAGUGAAGGAAGAGGAGUUGAAUGGGGAGGCAGAAAAAGAGAAAGACAGGAGCACCCAUGUGAGCCCCCAAUAUGUGACCGAAGACCAUGAACAGAUCAAAGAUGGAGAGGAGGAGGAGGAGGAGGAGGAAAAGAUGGCAGCUCCAGCACAGCAAAGUCAGGGCUCUCCAGCAGCAGAAGAGGAGGAGGAGGAGAAAGAGGUAGAGGAGCACCACAGGGAGGGGAACAGUAUCCUGCCCAUUCCUGAUGUGCCAAUCCGCACCAUCACCAGCACCGCCGCCGCUCAGGGAAUACAUUCAGAGGCUGAAGACCACAGCUCGCUCGAGGACUACACCUCACACAGGGCCAGUCCCCCCAAAAACUACAACCCCCACAGUCCCCUCGACAAGUACGACUCUCACAAACCCAGCCCGCUCCAGAGCUACAAGCAGAGCCCUCCUUCAAGCCUUAGCAUGCACAGGGCCAGUCCGCUCGAGGACUUCUUUCCCAACCUCAGAGGCGAGAACUUUAAAAUCCACAAAGCCGGCUGCUCCGUCUCCCCUGACAUCAUCGAGGUGCGCUCAGACAGGUCUGAGAGGGACUUUGAUGACGUGGACGGGGACGACGAGCUGGAUGAUGACAGCCUAUCACAGCGCUCCACCGUCACGGACGAGUCAGAGAUGUUCGACAUAACCCGGGGGAACCUGGGCCUGCUGGAGCAAGCCAUCGCCCUGAAGGCGGAGCAGGUGAAGCCCUCAGGGCCCAGAGAGCUGCUCCGCUCCCCGGACAUCCUCCACCAGCGCUACUUCACCAUGGAUGACAGGCCCAAACACCUGGACAUGAUCCGCAAGAGUUACUUCUGCAAAGAGAGCAAUAGGACAGAGAAGAGGGAGAUCAAGUGUCCCACCCCGGGCUGUGAUGGAACGGGUCACGUGACCGGUCUGUACCCCCACCACCGCAGCCUGUCAGGCUGUCCGCACAAGGACAGGAUCCCCCCCGAGAUUCUAGCCAUGCAUGAGAAUGUGCUGAAGUGUCCGACGCCUGGCUGCACCGGUCAGGGCCACGUUAACAGCAACAGAAACACACACCGCAGUCUCUCCGGAUGCCCCAUCGCUGCUGCAGAGAAGCUGUCCAAGGGCGUCGACAAGCAGCAUCUCUCCCCGCCUGGCAGCGAGCUCCUCAAAGGAAGUCCCAACGACAGGGUGCUAAGGCCCAUGUGCUUUGUGAAGCAGCUGGAGGUGCCUCAGUACGGCAGCUACCGACCCGACAUGGCGCCCAGCACGCCCCGCGCCAACCUGGCAAGGGAGCUGGAGAAGUACUCCAAGGUGUCCUUCGAUUAUGCAAGCUUCGACGCGCAGGUGUUCGGGAGGCGCAUGCUUGCUCCAAAGAUGCUCACCAGCGAUAUGUCACCCAAAGCCUUCAAAACUAAGCCCUCAUUCCCCAAGUCGUCGUCACCCACCCUCAGUCUCAACACUUACGGGAAGAGCUCCUCUUUGGCCUACGACUACUCCCAUGAUGCCGAGGCUGCUCACAUGGCUGCUACCGCCAUCCUCAACCUGUCCACCCGCUGCUGGGAGAAACCUGAGAACCUCAGCACCAAACCGGAGAGCAAGGAAUUGGCCAUUGAGGUGGAUGAAAACGGCACCCUGGACCUGAGCAUGAAGAAACCCAUUAAGAGAGAGGGCAGUCUGUCCGGCACUAGUCCCGGGGUUCGCUCCCCGGACCCUUCUUCCUCCUCUUCCUCGCUCCAUCACGGGAGCAGCGGCAUGACGUCUCCAAACCUCCUCGCCUACAAGCAGGAGGUGUGGGAGGGCCCUCUGGAUUACACCAAACCCAACCGCCAGAGGGAGGAGGACCUGGACGAGAUGGAACACACGGGCCAGUCAUUUGUCUCGUCAGACGCUGAGGACUGUGACAUGAUGCAGGACGGUCUGGAGGACAGGAAGUACCCCGGAGAGGUCACCACCCCCAGCUUCAAGGUCAAGUUCCUGCCCAAGGACAGCAAGAAAGAUCUUCUCGCGUGCCCUACACCUGGUUGUGACGGCAGCGGUCACAUCACUGGAAACUAUGCGUCACAUCGCAGUCUGUCUGGGUGUCCUCUCGCUGAUAAGAGCCUUCGGUCCCUCAUGGCGGCCCACACCCCUGAACUCAAAUGCCCCACCCCAGGAUGUGACGGUUCAGGCCACAUCACCGGAAACUACACCUCCCACAGAAGUAUCUCUGGGUGCCCGCGUGCCAAGAAAAGUGGAAUUAAAACUCCUACCAAGGACAACCAGGAGGACUCCGAGCUUUUAAAGUGCCCGGUGCCCGGCUGCGACAGUCUGGGUCACAUAAGCGGGAAGUACGCCACACACCGCAGCGCAUAUGGGUGUCCGCUGGCCGCCCGCAGGCAGAAGGAGGGAAUGCUGAAUGGCACGCCCUUCAACUGGAAGGCCUUCAAGACAGAGGGGCCCAGCUGUCCCACCCCAGGGUGUGACGGCUCCGGACACGCUAAUGGAAGCUUCCUCACACACCGCAGCCUCUCAGGAUGCCCCAGAGCUCUGUUCGCCAAGAAGAAGGCCAAGUUCUCUUCAGAGGACUACCUGAGCACCAAGUUCAGAGCCAGUGAUGUCCUGGACAACGAUGAGGACAUCAAGCAGCUCAACAAAGAGAUUAAUGACCUGAAUGAAUCCAACAAUGAGAUGGAGGCCGACAUGGAGAACCUGCAGACUCAGAUCUCCUCCAUGGAAAUGAACCUAAAGAGCAUUGAGCAUGAGAACAAGAUGAUCGAGGAGCAGAACGAGGCUUUGUUCAUGGAGCUGUCCGGGCUCAGCCGCGCUCUCAUCCGCAGCCUGGCCAACAUCCGCCUGCCCCAUAUGCAGGAGCCGAUCACGGAGCAGAACUUCGACAGCUACGUGAGCACCCUGACCGACAUGUACACCAACAAGGACUGCUUCCAGAGCCCUGAGAACAAAGCUCUACUGGAGAGCAUCAACAAAGCUGUGAAAGGCAUCAAAGUGUGAGGCCCGACGCUGACUGUCCUGAAGCGCAGGAGUGUGACGGAGGUGGAGACGGAGCGACGGCGACAUGAAGGAGAGAUGUUAAAUACUCUACAAUAUAUUGAAAUAUGAUUCAAAAACAAAAAGGGAAUUCAGGUUAUUUAAAUAAAACGGCAACUUUGAAAAAAAAAAUCAACCCAGGGAGCACUGUAAGAAGAGAAGUGACGCGGACCAAAAUCCACACCAUGCUGCUGCUGGGAGCCUUCAGUCAGGAUGGAUGGGAAGAAGAAUAAUGUUACUACAAACUGUAUCCGGGGAUUUUAAUAUGCUGUAUGGUUACCUGUUGUCUCUUUUGUGUCCUUAACUGUUUUUGGAGAGGGUUUCACUGUCGAGCAGCUUCAUAUCAAACUGAAACUCGGAGGAGCGUGAGCACAGGAUCACCUGAAGGAGUGACGUGAAGAGGACGCUUUGACUCUCUCUGCUGUCCUGUCGCACACACUGUGGCGAGUGUGUGUGUUCACCCAAGCUCUCUGAUUCAUGAUUACACACACCCCGGCAAUACAAAGCACGCACUACACUGAAUGUGUGUUUGCUUUGCAGUAUUACUGAGGUAAAGAUGUCAACAGCGCAAUGUUGACUCAGUUUAGCAGGGAGAAAAUAAUCUUCAAGCAAGGUCAUGUGACUAUUCCAGGAACAGUGAAGGGUGUUUAUUUUCCACGGGACAGCUGAUAUCAUGAUUUUACAAGCAGCAGAUUUACUUUUUUUUAAAUUUGAUUUUGUUUAACUGAAAUGAUGGUAGUGGUAGUGUGCUCACAUUUCAAAUUCAGUUGUCAUAUCAAUAGUAUUUAUGGACAUAGGAAUUGCACUUCAUUUCAAUGAAUAGUUUUGUCGUACAUUAAUUAAUGUUAUAUAUAUGAAUUAUUUAAACUUGUGAACUUUUAAAUUGUAACUUAUUGCCAUUUAUGUUAUUGAGGUUUAUUUAUUUGAAGCAAUCUAUUUAUUAACUUUGUUUUGUAAAACACACACACACACACACACACACACACACACACACACACGCAAAAGCAUCAUUACUGAUUAUCAUGCGAUUGCAAAUGUCUCAGUUAAUAUUUUAAGAAACUAUAUAGAGAACUGACGAGGCAUAUUUUGUUUUGACCACUUUUUAAAAACCUUUUUAAGUGCAGAUGUUUUAUACCUGACAAAAACCUUUUGAUAAUUUUACAAAAAUCUUUUGGGGUUGUUUUUAUUUUUUGUUUUUGUUAAAUGUUCUUUCUGUUACUGCUACAUUCAGAAGCCCACUGCUGAGAAAAAAAGAAAGUAUGUAUUUAUUAUUUAUUUAAUAUGAAAGAAAUGGACUGAUAUGGCUGUAUAUUUAUUUUGUUAUUUAUUUCCGUGAUGUAACGGUUGAGUCUGAGUAGUCUUAAAGAUUCCACUGCUAAUAUUUAAAUAAAGAAAAUCAAUACAAAUACUGUUUGAUUACUUAGGCUUAUACCUAGACAUACCAGCAGCUGAUUGUAAAGACAGAAAAGAAACUAACAAGUGUUCUGUUGCUCUCUGUGUGUUUGCUUUUGUCAGGUAAAAGAAAACCAGGAUAAGUUAUUUAAAAAAAAUGAAAAUGUUACCUCUCCCAAGCGCUUUGUAGCGGCCAGCACCGGCUCACCCAAACUCUGUAAUGUACCAUGGAUGCUUCUUAAUUCUUUGACUUAUUUAUACUUUUAUCAGCACAAUGGUACAUGUAUAGAGCUGUAAUCCAGCAGUGGUUUAGGCUGGAUGUAUGGGUGUAAAACACACACACACACACACACACACACACACACACACACACACACACACACACACACACACACACACACACACACACACACACACACACACACACACACACACACACACACACACACACACACACACACACAGCAACAUAUCGAGGAUACUGUAGGAUGGCCUCCUUUGACAAACUUCUAUCAGAUAAACAUACACACCCUUGUAGCCUUACUCUAGAUUUUAAUUUUUUGAUGCACAAAGUGCCACUAAAAAAUAAGAAGAAAAAAAGAACUCACUUUCUUUCCUGAUUCUUCGCAUUUCUGCAAUGUAACAAAUGUCUGGUCCCGGGACGGCCACGGCAUCAGAGAGCGGUGAUUGUUUCAGAUGCCUUUAUUUCUCUGCCAAGAUGGCCAUUAGUACACUAUAUAUACAUUCUGUAUAAAUAGAUUUUAAAGAUGCUAUAUAUAUGAAUAUAAACAUACAUAUAUUUUUCCAGUGUAAUUGUUGACUUCUUCUUCUCUUGUAUUACCUUAACAAAGGAUCACUAGCUGUGUAGGAGCCAGUUACACCUGAUUUAAUACCAUAAGACCUGCUCAACUGUGGCUUUAAACAUACCAUUCACUCGAGCUGAAGGCACUGUUGAUGAUACAGUCCUUUGGAAAUGUUCAUAGGUUUCUUUCUUCUCAUUUCCUGUACUUGUCUGUCCUUGAUCCAGAAAUGUCAGAAGCAUACUGUGUGUUGUACUACUGAAUCUGAAGUUACUGUCAUUUAAAACUACAUGGUUGGUUCCUAAGUGUCAUGUGAGUCCAUGUAUAGUUAAAAAAUGUUCUGCACUCUGUGUUUGGCAGCAUUGUGCAGUCCUUGUAUUGUUACUAGUGAGGCCUGCUUGCUUCGAGCCCAUGGGGGGGAUGUCAGUGUGACCUGCCUUUGAGUUAUCUGUUGCAGCGACUGUGUGUGCAGUACCAUACCGUGUGUGACUCUGAUGUCACAGGCAUGUUGUAAAUGUGCUCUUAGCCAAUGUAGAAUGAAACUCCUGUGUGCACUUUCUGAAGAGCUGUUGAAAAUGCCAGCAUUUGACUUGUAAGAACCCUAAUAGAUCACAAGCAAUAUUCCCCUCUGCUGGGGGGGGGGCAUUGUUUGUUGCCGUAGACAACACGCUGUGUCACAUAGAGACAUCUCUUUGAUUCAGGGGGUUCAGCUGUCAGAGACAUGUAUUAAAAAAAAGGAAGCGCUACUUUCCUUUCCAAACAAAAACCAAAAGAGAUUGACAGAAAGGAGGCAGUGGUUCUCAGGUGAGCGUGGAUAGCUGUGAAGCAGUGAGCCAUAGGUCAGCCAGUCGGGAGGGGGGGGGGGGGGAGCAGCUAGAUCAAGGCCUCCUGUGAAAAGAGAUGAGUGUGUGGGAGUGGGAAAUUGAUUUGCCAGUCUUCGCAAUCUCCCCGUUGUUUUAGGAGGAGGCGUUUGUUGCAUAAAUAUGUGUCCAUCACUCAAAAGAAUGUCGAAAGCUUUUAUGACUUUUAAACCCACCCUCCCCUUCCUCAUGUCUUGUGUAACCUUUCCUCAGGAAAGAUCAUUUUGAUGCAUUUGGUUAACAAAGUAGUAUAUUCUUCCUCUCUUGAAAAUGCAUGAGAAUGCUACCCAAGAGUGUUUAAGACUGUGAAUAUUCUCCUAACUUAUUUGAUAUGGCAUGACCCCUUUUAAACUGCUUGAUGAAACUGUCUGCUGAGGUAUGUAAAUGAAGAACACUGAGGCCAUGAAAGCAUCGCAUUUUCAGAAAAAUGUCAGUGGAGGAAGCAAACGCAGCCUCCGGCCGGUCCUGCACCCACACACUGUAUGUUUCUUAUUUACAGAGAGUACUGGGUGAUGGGGGAGAGGUGGUUUAUUCAGAUUAUUCUAAAUAGCAAAGAAAUUAAAACCAGGCUGGUCAGGGCCCCAGUUUCCACCCGGAAUAUAAAUGAAUUCAACAUGAUGAAAGUUUCAGGGAGGCCAGCUCAUACCAAAACCCAGCUGUGUGUUUUAGAAAGGGGGUGGCAGGUGGGGGCGGGCAUCCUGGUUCCAGGUUAGGUCCAGGUCCUGGUCACACUUGGUCGUAGAAAUUGACUCAAUGAUAGGGAUGUCUAGUCGAGGCACUUUUCAUAGAGCUGAGCAAAACCAAACCCCCCCCCCAUCCAAACACCAACAAACCCCCCCCGCUGUAGUUACAAGCCGUGUGGUCUUAUCAUGUGUGCCUUUCUCACUCCACUCAUUUCAAGAUAUGGUAUGUUUACACUUGGCAGACCUGGUUCUGAUAGUGUUCUGGUCCGGAUCUAGAUCUCUUAACAAUACUGCAUGGGAAAAAAAUGAAACGUUGCCUUUAAUUAAAUGUUUUUUGUCAACACAUUUCACAUAACUGUAUUAGGUUUGUUGAAAGCAAUAAUAUUAAGUUGAAGUUGUUUAAACUUAAUAUUAUUUACAUUAAAUUAAAGUCAAUGUUUCAGAUUUUUUAGUGUGUGGGUGUCUUAGGGCGGGGUUGUGUGUGUGUGUGUGUGUGUGGGGGGGGGGGGGGGGCGGAUAAACGUGUCUUCACACAGGUAGAGGGCAUUCUGUUGUGCCACAGACACAACACUACACACUCCUGUUAGGCUAAAGAAACUGUGAUCUCAUCGUUGUGUGGAUUCAGGUACCAAAACUGCACGGACAGUUUCUGUGAAGGAAUCUGAAGAACAUCUUCAUCAUCUUCAUCCCUAGAUAAUGCAUCAGUGUGCAGGGCGUUAUUUUGAAACAAGUGGAAGUCUCUGUACAUAUUUGUAUUAAGAAGAAAACAGUGUUAUUGUUGUUGUAUUGGAGACAAAAAGUGCAAAAGAAAAAAAAAAGUUUGUGACAAAGAAAAAAAAAUCCACAGCCAAGGGGUGUCCUGCUAGCACAUUUUUACAGAGAUGAGCUAUUUUUACUGGUGAUUUUCUAGGCAUUGAUAUUGAUAUCCUUUUAAAAAAGUACAAAACUUCCAAAAUUACAAGCACUUCCACCCUGAUAGAUUGUAUGGUCCUUUUUGUUACUUUUGUAGAUGUGGUCGUUCCUUUACUACUGCACCGUUUUGUAAAGUGGGACAGGCCUUGGCUGUGUGUCUCGGGGUCUCAUGAUGUUUCUGUUUUAAGUUGUUUCUGUUGGGGGAGUAAAACACUGUAGAUGGGACGUUUGUGACUGUGUGUUUGUGUACCUGUGUACAUGUUCCCUUGUUCCUGUGUCAGUGUUAUAAACCAGAGAAGUGAUGUCAGUUAUUGUGGGGGUAUGAACCAUUUUAAAUGUUCUCUAUGAAAAACAAAAAUAAAGAAUCAUAGACAA